UUCGUAGGCGUUACCGGUUCAUUGCUUAUCGGCAACUUGUUGGUUGGUGUUGGGGAUGGCUUUGGUCGGAAAAUGAGGGUAGUACUAUCAAGCUGCGCUGUAAACCAAAUCAGGACAAGUUUCCCUUCUGCUAACUAUGCUGGAUUUAAAUAUCCACAAGUGUCAAAUUCAACAAUAUAAAUAUAAACUGUCAUACGAACAUGAAAAAUGAUAGCAAAUGUAUACUUUAAUGGUCAGGGGUGAUGAAUCUGCUUUGGUGCUGAGCAAUGGCAAUUGAUUUUUCUGGUUUUACAAAAUCGCUACUUAUAAUAGGCUGGUAGGUAUCAGUGAAGAUCCAGUAGAGCUUUUACCCUUAGCGCUUGUUUUUGGCAAUACUUGAGUACGCACAUUUCUUUGGCUAACUUGAACACAGGCUUGCACUGAUACAUGGUUGUAUUUAGGACUAGGUUCAUCAUCUGGUUCGACUUCAGCAGAAGCCAGUUGGAAGGUGUGAGGGUCGAGCAAUAAUUUGAUUGACAAUCUGUACUGGUUAAGCUUACAAAAUGCAAAAAUUGACAGCACCUUUAUCUCAUGCCGUUGCCUUUUCUCUACAACUCCUCUUCUUCCGAUGCCACUCCCUUUGCUCUUCUCUUAUGACCAAUUUCGUGAUCUGUUUGGGGUGAUUGAUGAAAUAUUGUUGGGACAUUUUCAGGUUUCAGCGCCUUCUUUUCUUCAGGCCAAGUAAGAGCUGAGUUAAUUUCAAAGCUGUCAUCAGUAAAAUGUUCACUACAAAACGAAGGAGUGAUCAGUGGCCUUCCAUACACUGGGCUCUUUUCAUUGAACUUGCUUUUCUCACUUUUUUUUAAUCCAGCAUCCUUGGGAAACUUAAACAAGCUUACUUUAUCACUAGGAGUGUUUGAGCACCCAGCAGUUACAAUCUGUUGACCAUAAUAGCUACAGUUGAGUUGCAUGUAUUCCUUCUAUGACAUCACGUAGUAGCCGCGCCCACAUUCAACCACAACAGGAAGUAUGUUAGACAGGAUGCUAAUCUGCCUCACUAAACCUUCUGUAACUUCAUCAAUAAUUAAUUAAAAUAUUUCAAUCUUUAUAACAUGCAUCUGGGUCCCAAAUAGAACACAUUAAUGUAAAAAUAAAAAAGCUGAUUUUUUCGUGUCACCCUCCCUUUAACUAGACAUUUUAUGGGAAGUAGGCAACAUGCAAAAUGGAAACCACACCCAACUAAUUAUCACAUAGAGGCGCAUGCAAAUGGAAGUAACUGCUAUUUACCUCUCUCUUCUUCAUCAACAAGACAGCUAGUGAUAGAGCUCAUUUUCUGCUCAUUAUGCCUCGAGGCGUAGCCGCACGAGGGAUACGGUAAAGCUGACUGUGUGUGUCUGUCUGUCUGUUUGUGUGUCUGUUCCAGCUGUAACUGCUCAAUGAUUGCAAUGCAACGAAAACUAACAGCUUCUAUAGGCUUCUAACCACGUUCUCUUGGAUUUUGAUUCGUGGAUUAGCAAACUAAAGCUUCUUUCUCGAGUUAUGGCUAGUUUGACUCAUAUUGAAGGCUGUUGCAGUCUUUUCAGUGUAGCAUUAUUUGUUCAUACAAAGUUUCUAUUCAACUUAUGAGUUACUAAAGCGCUAGCUUUUUAUUGGCUACAAGAGUCAGAAAAGAGCUGCUAAAGACCUCUUGCAGACACACCCCUUAUUCUAAUGCGCAUGCGCACUCAUCCACAAUCCUGGCAGAGAAUCAACUUUCUGUUUCUUUAGGUCCUGGUAAGCUACAAAACACUACAAGGGUACCAUAUACAUGUAUAUUAAAAUUAGCAGAAGUGAUUAUAUCUAUAGGUUGUGUAAAAUUAAUUAUAGAAAAAAGCUUAUUCUCCCUACUAUAACACUCUAAUACUUUUUGAGCGAAAGCAUAGCAUGGCGAGAGGCAUUAGCACAGCGCAGCUUGCAACACUCGUUCUACUAUAAGUUGGCUAGUUAUCCAGAAGUUAGCUAGCCAGAGCUAUUAAAACCUGCUGAGGUGAUCGAGUCACAUGACACUUGAAGUUCAUACUGAGUACAGGAGGCAAGGGCAUCCUCUGUCUCAUAGCUAGUUACACCCAUGCACAGGAACAAUAUUAGCGCUAUAAUUGAAGAGCGCCUAACAAGUUGGUGUGCAUCAUUUGUAAAAUACGUUAAGCACAGAACUUGUGCCCUUUUGCAUACAGCUGUUGAGCUUACCUUCGCUUUUGACAGUAUUGUUAGAGGACACAAUAAUUAUAUAGUUUGGAGACCUAUAGCUGCUGAAGGAUAGAUACUAGACUGCUAUAGCUGAUUGCUAAUCAAAAAGAUCGACAUGGAGCUGUACCUAAGCUUAACACUCGUGAGUGGUGCUUAAUUUUAUUAUCAUGCAACGAAUAACUGAAACGCUCGCUAUGGUAGCUUAUUACAAGUUAGUGUGUGUUUCAUAUAUGCAGGCAUGAGGGUGAGGGUGAUGAACACUGUGACUCUCAGAGCCAUAAUGUCACCUAUAAACUGCAUCCAUUCUUCGAAUGGGUUAAGUCAGCAACAUACGGGGGGCAGAAGAAAAUCAAAGAAAUGAAUUAUGACAUAUGGAAAAGUGACGCUGAAGGGAAUUUGGAGCUGGCUGUAGCCCCAGGCAAUCCUAAUGUGCCUGUCUACUUCAUCAUACAGGAAGACCUCUCCCACCCUAUGGAACUCCAUUUCAUGAGCUUCAAUGCUACUAUCUCUGACCCUAAAGUGUUCGAUGUCCCCUCUGUGUGCAAGAAACCAUGAACACAUUAGCUGAACCAUGCUACAAGUAUUCUUACUGUCACAUUGCUGGUACCACAAAACUUCCGGAGUCAAACUCCGCACAUGUACCUAUACAGCACAUGUACAUGUACUUGCUUGUUCUGCUGCAAAGCUAAUUAUAAGAUGAAGAUUCUCCUUGUAGCCUGUCUAGUUGCAGUGUGCAGUGCUACCCCUCCUGUUUCAAACAUACCUCAGACUUUCUGUGGAUCUGGGGAAGGUGGUUUUAACAACAUUAAAUCUGGCAAAUUUUUGAUGUGUUUAGACAAUGUCAACCAUAUGAUGGUGGGAAUAUCCACGGACGAACAGGGAAAGUUAACGUCUGAGACACUAUUCCGAUACGACUCUAAAAUCAGUCACAUGGACUACUACAUCACAGGGCAGGAGGGUGAGGGUGAUGAACACUGUGAUUCUCAGAGCCAUAAUGUCACCUUUAAACUGCAUCCAUUCUUCGAAUGGGUUAAGUCAGCAACAUACGGGGGGCAGAAGAAAAUCAAAGAAAUGAAUUAUGACAUAUGGAAAAGUGACGCUAACGGAAAUUUGGAGCUGGCUGUAGCCCCAGGCAAUCCUAAUGUGCCUGUCUACUUCACCGUACAGGAAGACAUCUCCCACUCUAUGGAAUUCCAUUUCAUGAGCUUCAAUGCUACUAUCUCCGACCCUAAAGUGUUCGAUGUCCCCUCUGUGUGCAAGGAAUUUUAAACACAUUAGCUGAACCAUGCAAUGAUCUUACUGUCCUUUAACUGUAAUUGUUGCAGAAUUAUUCAUUGCAGA